UUUCAAAGAACUCUAUAUCUUGGUUUAUGAAAUUUCUUAUUUUUAGUUGAAAUCCUGUUUCUUUUUCAAAAUUAAAUUCUUAUUUUAAGAUUGCAUCCAUGUAAUGGAAGAUAACAUGACGUAAUUUCACUUGAUUGAACAAAUGUUAUAAUGUGAAUCGGACGCCGUUCGGGCACAGUUUACGUUAGCUUGAGAAAGUGAGAAGAUGGUUACAAUUCGUUUUUUAUCCAGUGUUUGAUGGUGAAAUACAAUCAUUCAUUAAUUAGGAAAUAGUUAUUUUGCAGUGUACAGUAUUUCACCUUGUUUAAAAAAUCUAUAAAGGAACAGAAUAAGUGUGGUUCACAUACAACUGAAUAAAAAAACCAAUGAACCAAUAAGUAUAUCGUUAUGGAGGAUCAUGCUAUGGAUCAGUUUUGCGGUUCCAAAUUUUGGGACAAUAAUUUAUCAUGGAAUACAAGUGAUCCAGAUGUCCCAGAAUGUUUUGAGAAAACUGUUUUAGUAUGGGUACCAUGUGCAUUUCUAUGGCUAUUCUCUGCAAUAGAAGUUUAUUAUUUUUUAAACAGCAAACGCAAAAAUAUUCCAUACACUUGGUUAUUUAUCACUAAACAAGUACUUAUGUUAACAUUGAUUUUACUUAGUAUUGUUGAUAUAGGAGAGGCUAUUCAAAGAAGUACUUAUGAAGAAGUUUAUAAUGUUGAUUAUUAUACACCACUUAUAAAAAUCAUUACCUUUGUUCUAGCAAUUGUUUUAGUAAUGUAUAACAGAAAAUAUGGAAUGCGAACUUCUGGAUUGUUAUUUUUAUUCUGGUUUGUACUUACCUUGUGUGGAGUUGUUCAGUAUAGAAGUUUGUUAAGGUUAUACAUUAAUGGGGGUCAAGUAACCUAUUCAUUUAUAUCAUACAUGAUAUAUUAUCCAGUAGUGGUACUUUUAUUUUUACUAAAUUUUGUGGUUGAUGCAGAACCCAAAUAUUCAAAAUAUCCCAAGGUUGAGAAUUCAUGUCCAGAACAAAGUUCUUCCUUUCCAGCAAAAAUAUUUUUUACAUGGUUUGAUUCUAUGGCAUGGAAAGGUUUUAGGAAACCAUUAGAAGUUACUGAUUUAUGGUCUAUGAAUCCAGAAGACACAGCUAAGGAAAUUGUACCUAAAUUUGAUAAAUAUUGGAAUAAGAAUGUACAAAAAACAAACAAUGUAGAAAGCGCUAAGGCAUCGUUCAGGAAGUCAUCUGGUCAAGUAGAUUUUAAUGGCGGGCGUAAAAAGAAAGUAACUUCGAUUUUACCACCUCUUUGUAAAGCUUUUGGUGCUACAUUUUUAUUUGGUGCCGCACUUAAGUUUUUACAAGACAUUGUCAUUUUUGCUAGCCCACAAAUAUUGAAAUUGCUCAUUGUUUUUAAUGAAGCAACCAAUAGUGAACCAAUAUGGAAGGGUUAUCUUUAUGCAGUUUUACUUCUAUUAACGGCCAUGUUUCAAACAUUAAUUUUAUCUCAGUACUUUCAUCGAAUGUUCUUAGUCGGGUUACGCGUACGAACUGCUUUAAUUGCUGCAAUUUAUCGGAAAGCGUUGAGAAUAUCUAAUUCCGCAAGAAAAGAAUCAACAAUUGGUGAAAUAGUAAAUUUAAUGUCCGUGGAUGCACAAAGAUUCAUGGAUUUAACAGCAUACAUAAAUAUGAUUUGGUCUGCUCCACUCCAAAUAAUCUUAGCUUUAUACUUUUUGUGGGACAUAUUGGGACUAGCUGUACUUGCGGGUUUAGCUGUUCUGCUUAUUCUAAUCCCAAUAAACAUCUUAAUUACAAAUAGACUAAAAACACUACAAAUUAGACAAAUGAAAUACAAAGAUGAAAGGGUUAAAUUAAUGAACGAGGUACUUAAUGGUAUAAAAGUACUGAAAUUAUAUGCAUGGGAACCAUCAUUUGAAGAACAAAUAUUGAAAAUACGUAUGAAGGAGAUUAAAGUGUUAAAGGAAACAGCAUAUCUUAAUUCUGGAACAAGUUUCAUUUGGUCUUUUGCUCCAUUUUUAGUAUCUUUGGUAUCCUUUGCAACAUAUGUACUUAUAGACGAAAAUAACCAUUUAGAUAGCAGCAUUGCUUUUGUUUCACUCACUCUUUUUAAUAUCUUAAGGUUUCCUCUUUCUAUAUUACCUAUGAUGAUUGGUAAUAUGAUUCAGGCUUAUGUUUCUGUGAAACGUAUUAACAAAUUCAUGAAUGCAGAAGAGUUGGAUCCUGAUAACGUUCAACAUGAUCCAUCUGAACCAUAUGCCCUAUUAAUUGAGAAUGGUACCUUCGCAUGGGAUCCUGAAAAUAUUGAGAAACCAACAUUAAGGAAUAUCAAUUUGCAAGUAGAGCAGGGUCAAUUGAUAGCUGUUGUUGGUACAGUGGGAUCUGGUAAAAGUUCUCUUAUAUCGGCGCUUCUUGGAGAAAUGGAGAAAAUAAGUGGCAGAGUUAACACAAAAGGUUCUAUUGCAUACGUGUCUCAACAAGCAUGGAUACAAAAUGCGUCAUUGCAAAAUAAUGUUUUAUUUGGAAAACCACUAAAUAAAAGUUUAUACGAUCGUGUAAUUGAAGCGUGUGCAUUAAAUCCCGACUUAAAAGUGUUGCCUGCGGGUGAUCAAACUGAAAUUGGAGAAAAGGGAAUAAAUUUGUCCGGUGGUCAAAAACAAAGAGUAGCACUAGCAAGAGCAGUAUACAAUGAUUCUGAUGUUUAUUUCAUGGAUGAUCCCUUAAGUGCUGUAGAUUCUCAUGUUGGAAAACAUAUAUUUGAAAACGUAAUGGGUUCUAAUGGACUACUUAAAAAGAAAACGAGAGUACUUGUUACACAUGGCAUCACUUAUUUACCAGAAGUUGAUAACAUCAUUGUUCUUCAAGAUGGUGAAAUAACAGAAGUUGGAACUUAUAAACAACUUUUAGAGAAAAAGGGAGCCUUUUCAGAAUUUUUAGUGCAACAUCUUCAAGAAGUUGGAAAUCUAUAUGCUGAUAAUGGCUCGGAAGCAGAUUUAAAUGAAAUUAAACAACAAUUGGAAUCAACAAUGGGAACAAGUGAGGUGCAACAGAAACUAACAAGAGCUAAAUCAAGAAUGUCAGAAAGUCAAAGUGAAUCCGGUUCUAUAGUUGAUAGAUCUCUAAAUGGUUCAUUAAAAAGACAGUAUUCGACAGAUAGUCAACAAUCUAGUACUCAUUUAAAUAGCAAUAAUGUCAAAGAAACGAAAUUAAUGCACUCAAAAUCAGCAGAAAAGUUAAUAGAAGAAGAAAAAACUGAAACUGGAAGUGUGAAAUGGCAAGUGUACUCUCAUUACUUUAAAUCUAUUGGUUGGUUUUUAUCUAUAUCAACUAUUAUAAUGAAUGCAGUUUUUCAAGGAUUUAGUAUUGGUUCAAAUGCUUGGCUUAGUGUAUGGUCAGACAGUAAUUUAACAAACUAUAAUGAUACAGCCACUAAAGCUGAACAAGAUAUGUAUCUUGGAGUGUACGGUGGACUUGGUAUUGGACAAGCGAUGGCGAGUUUUUUCUGCGAUUUGGCACCACAGCUGGGCUGUUGGCUGGCUGCUCGCCAGAUGCACAUAGUGAUGCUGCGUGCUGUGAUGCGUGCUCCAUUGACCUUCUUUGAUACGACUCCUAUUGGUCGUAUUAUCUCCAGGUUUGCUAAAGACGUCGACGUACUGGAUACAUCUCUUCCUCAGCAAAUUUCCGAUAGCAUCUAUUGUUUGUUUGAGGUCAUAGCUACUUUAGUGGUUAUAAGUUUUAAUACGCCAGAAUUUAUCGCGGUGAUUAUACCAAUAGGUGGAAUUUAUUACUUUGUUCAACGUAUGUAUGUUGCAUCCUCGCGACAACUAAAACGUUUAGAAUCUAUUUCAAGAUCGCCCAUAUACUCACAUUUCAGUGAGACAGUUACUGGAACACAAAUGAUUAGAGCAUUUGGUGUGCAGGAACGAUUUAUUCAUGAAUCUGAAAAUAAGGUAGACUUUAAUCAAGUCUGCUAUUACCCUAGCAUAAUUGCAAAUAGGUGGUUAGCAGUACGUUUGGAGAUGGUUGGAAACUUAAUUAUCUUCUUUGCUGCAUUAUUUGCUGUGUUAAAUAAAGGUGUUAUACUAUCUGGUAAAGUUGGUUUAUCAGUCAGUUAUGCCUUACAAGUUACACAAACAUUAAAUUGGUUGGUAAGGAUGACUUCUGAUGUUGAAACAAACAUAGUAGCAGUUGAGAGAAUAAAAGAAUAUGGAGAAACACCUCAGGAAGCUCCAUGGAAAAAACCUGAUUAUACACCUCCUAAAGAAUGGCCUGUACAUGGAUGUGUUGAAUUUAAAGAUUACAAAGUUCGUUAUAGGGAGGGUUUAGAACUUGUACUUCACGGAAUAACAUUUAUGGUUAACGGAGGAGAGAAAGUUGGUAUCGUUGGUAGAACCGGUGCUGGAAAAUCUUCUUUAACAUUGGGUCUAUUUAGAAUAAUAGAAGCAGCUAAUGGAAAAAUUUAUAUUGAUGACAUUGAUAUUGCUCAACUGGGACUUCAUGAUUUAAGGUCUAGAUUAACUAUCAUUCCUCAGGAUCCUAUAUUGUUCUCAGGAACCUUAAGAAUUAAUUUAGAUCCUUUCAACUGUUAUACUGAUGACGAAGUUUGGAGAGCUUUGGAACAUGCACAUCUUAAAUCUUUUAUAAAAAAUUUGCCAAAUGGUCUUUUACAUGAAAUAACUGAAGGGGGAGAAAACUUAAGUAUAGGUCAACGACAAUUAAUUUGUUUAGCAAGAGCAUUACUUCGGAAAACGAAAGUACUUAUUCUUGAUGAAGCAACAGCCUCAGUCGAUCUGGAAACAGACGAUUUAAUUCAAACAACAAUUAGGCAAGAAUUUAGUGAUUGCACGAUACUUACAAUAGCUCAUAGGCUCAAUACAAUCCUUGAUUCAGACAGGGUCAUUGUUCUGGAUAAGGGACUGAUUAUGGAAUAUGAUUCUCCAGAAACAUUGCUACAUAAUCCAUCGAGUUUAUUUUACAGUAUAGCUAAAGAUGCAGGUCUUGCAACUUAAAUAAGGUGCAUAUCAAACAACUUGUACAAGCAAUAAAGAAAAUGAUACAGAUUUUUAAUUCAUGAUAGAAUAUAUAACAACAAAUAAGAAAAGAAAUAUAGGAAACAUUCUUAGAGUUGAACAACUCUAAAAAUUUUGUAGAACAAACUUUCUUUGAACAGAUUGCGCGCCAUACUUAAAUAACGUUAAACGCAGCCCACUUAUAAAAGUAGUACGGAUAUCCGUUACUUGUACUGCCAUUUUAGUAGCACAUCCUGUGCUAAAUAGUGUAAGUUUAUUAACAUGUAUACGGUGACUUAACAAAUUCUUGGUUAUAGGAAGUUUUAAUCAUUUUAAAAAAUACACAUCACACGCUUACACAUACAUGAAUAACAUGGGUAACGUACAAAAUAGAACAGUAUUGUUUACUUACUUUUAUUUUUAUUAAAUUUUAUUAUGUUUACUGUCCUACUGUAGUGUUUUAUUACGAAAAUCUAUAUUAUAUAUAAGUAUAGCAUUAUUUACCUCUCCUGUUUAUUUAUCUCAAACUUUUAUUCCUAUUUGUACUAUUAACAAAAUAUAACUCACAGUUAUACUGUAUGAAUAUUUCUAAUACUCACAAAUCAAAGGUUUAAAGUGUCAGUUUUGUAUAAUAAUAAAACAUUUACUCUUGUUA